UUUAAAUUCGAAAGAGGGUAACGGCAUGUGAUCACUGGUCUCGCGCUUUUUGCAACGUGUGUGUGUUCAUCAUACAACAAAUUGUUAUCUUACGAAAAAUUAGGAAAUAGACGUCAAAAUAAUGUCCAAUCAGCCAGAGUGGAAGCCAAUAGUGCAAAAAACUGUUGCCGGUCUCGAGCAAACGUUUGAGGAAUUGCAGAAAACCUGGGAAGAUAUAGGAUGCACAGAGAACGUACGGGAGUUGUAUUACGAGCAAGCUCACGAACACAUAAUGGAUUUGUUACAUGACAUGGUCAUCGAAUCGCAGACAAAAAAACAGCAGUUAGCGAAGAGCAUAGAGGAUUUGUGGAAGAAAACAAAGAAGUUGUAUACAGAGCUUCAGCUGGAAAUGGAGCUCAAAAGUUACGAUCACAUUUCUCUGAGCGAUGUGCGACAAAUGCUCGAGAGAGAUGUGCAAAAGCUAGAGGACAUAAAGGAAGAACGUAAGGCAAUAUUAGAUAAAUUAUUGGCAAAAGAACAUGAAAUUUGUGAGAAACUGGGUGCGAAAAAAUUGGAUAUCUCCACAAAUCCUUUACCUACUGAUCAAGAAAUAGAGAGCUUCAAGCUUUAUUUGCAGUCGCAAGAAAAUGAGAAAAUACGUUUGGAAAGUAUUUUUGCAGAUACACGAAGCUGUAUAAUCAAGAUAAUGCAUGAUCUCGAUAUAUCUCCAUCCUCAUCAUUUGAGCAAUUAAUCUAUAAUAAUCCAGAGAGUUUUGUGCUGAGUGAAAACAAUAUGACAAAACUCAUAGAAUUAAAAAAUGAAUUGGAAGCAGAAGUGGAAGAACGAAAGCACCGUGUUGAGAAAAUGAAAAAAGAUUUAUUGAUGAUGUGGAAGUAUAUUGAUGAACCUGCUGAUGUCUGUGAAACAUUUCUGCAGAGCUGUUCUGGUUAUAGCACUGGCACCAUUAAUGCUCUCAAUGCGGAAAUAAAACGUUGCAAGGAGAAACAAAAAGAAAACAUUUUUAAGUAUGUGACUACAAUCAGAUACGAAAUAAUGCAUUUGUGGGAUUUGUGCAGAUACUCCGAGACAGAGAAGAGUACAUUUGCACCGUUUCAUUCAAAUACAUUCACUGAAGAUUUGGUGACGUUACACGAAUUGGAAGUAGAAAGGUUGCGCAAAUUUUACGAUGGUAAUCGAGCAAUAUUUGAGCUUUUGGACCAGCGAGAAAAACUCAUGAUGAAGAUAAAAGAGAUUCUUCAGUGGCCAAACAAUCCAGAUCGCUAUCAUAAUCGUGGGGGUAAAUUAUUGAUAGAAGAGAAAGAACGCAAAGUGAUACAAAAGAAGUUACCCAAAAUUGAAAAAGAAUUAGAACAAUUGGUAAAUGAAUACGAGAAGAAGCACAACAAGCCGUUUACUAUUUAUGGUACAACAUUGGAAAACGUUUUAGCAGAAACUUGGCAGAAUAUUAAUCAAGAGGUGGAGACCAUAAAAAAGGCGAGGAAAGAAGGGAAAGAUAAAUCCAUAAAAAAAUCACCCUUAAAUAUUUCUAAGCCAGGUACAUCUCAAUUAAGCAUUCACAGGGGUGCAACACCUCUUCACUUGUCAAAACGGAAAUUGUUCACUCCAUCUCCCAAUUCGUCGGCAAAAAAAAGAAACAAAACCAGUGACAAAAAACCUACCGUCACUGUGUCCAAAGUUAGAAGAAGUGGAAAAUUUCCAAAAAAUGCUCAAAAACACAGAUCUUCCAGAGGCGGAGAAAAAAGCAAGAAGAGAGAAUCACAGUCUCUCUUAGAUACAACGUAUAAUCAGUUUCAAGGCCACAUGACAAACCGAGAGGAAUUGCACAGCUCGAUGAUACCGGACCAGGUAUUAAAAACAUCCACUAAGCUCAAUAUCGUGAAGACACCAGUACGAACACCUGCAAAACCAUUAAGGAAAAAUUUAGCUGCUGCCAGAACUCCCGUCACACGCAAUUCCGCGAAAAAAUUACCGCUCAGUCCUAGAACACCGCUUGUUAACACACCUAGAUUAGCAACAGUUCAGAGCAAUUUGAAUUUUCUUUUUUAAAUGUCUCGUGACAACAGAACUUUUUACAACAUAUGACGGCUAAAAAAAUUUCUUAUUCAUGUAAAUAUUCUAAAAUACAACAAAAUUAACGUACAUUAGUAUUUA